GUUGUAUUACACUGUCUUUAAACGCACAAUUAAACCUGUUUUAGCAAUUGAAUUCGCACGAACAACACUUUUAAAUACUGUUUGAUUGCAUAAAAGUUUCAUGGCGCACCGGAGAAACUACAUUAUCAUAACAACAGCUUCGCGAAACCACAGGGUCAAAGUAUAAUUAACGCAGAUAAAACCCCAUCAUGUAUAAUUAAACAUUUGUUUCAAACCAAGCUCGACGCGAUAAACAAAAAAGGAAAGCAUGCGCUUAUGCAUUGCAUGUCCGCAGAAAACUAAAACCACGCUCUCUGGGUGCUGUGUAACAAAAUUAGGUUUCAUCCAAUUAAAUAUUUCAUUGCAGUUAAGUUAGGGUUAAUGUAUUAUCAGCAAAUGUAGCCUAAACGCUGUCCCUUAAUUGCUCUGUAUUGAAACAUAUGAGUAUGUCCAUGGAUAGCACACCUAACGGAUUUAAAACGCAUUGCAAAGCCAGGCGCACACGGACGGUUAUAUUUAUUCUUGCUGUACUGGUUUUCCUCUGGCACUUUGGACAUUUUCUGGUAAAGUUCGGUCACAGCACUGAAAAGAAAUUUGAGAGUAAGUUUGAACUACCAAUGAAAUUUGCUCAAAAUUUAAACACCCCUCAACACAUAGGUGGAAGAAUCGUUAAAAAUCCAACUUCACUGCUUUUACAAAGAAAACGAAAAGAAGCGGUGAUAUUUUUUGUCAAAUCUUCGCCAGAAAACUCAGCAAGAAGACAAAUGAUCAGAAACACAUGGGGAUCCAUAAAACAAGUUGCUGGAAAACAAAUAUUUCUGGUGUUUCUAAUCGGAAAACCUUUGGAUAAAGUUCAUAAUGACGAUUUACGGAAAGAAAAACUCUGUUUUGAUGAUAUUCUGCAGACAGCAGAUUCUGACACUCAUCCGAAUUUGGUUAUAAAGACUUUAAGUGCAAUUAGGUGGAUCGUUCAAAACCUUUAUCACCCAAGGUCGUUUUACAUUUUUACCAAUGACAAUUGUGUUGUGCACAUUGGGAGCACUGUGAAAUUUCUAAAGACUCUAACAGGAGCCUCCAAAGAUUUAAUGUACUGCGGCUUCAAAUAUGAGAAAAACAGCGGCGUAAUUAGAGGAGGAAAAUGGGGAGUGCAUUGGUCACAGUAUCCAGCAACUACAUACCCAGAUUUCUGUAGAGGGGUAAUGGUUAUCCUUAGCCCAACAGUCGUAGCGCAAAUAUACAAAGUUGCCAUGAUGACUGCCCUCCAAGGCUUUCCCCUUGAGGAUGUAAUGGUAUAUGGGAUUUUACGGCAUAAAAUCAACAACAGCAGUAGCAACAUACAACCUGUAAUCAACGGUGGCCACCCGCUUGUUUUCUACCCGUGGGAUGCAACUAAUGCAGUGGUGGGAAAGAUGGAGAGAAAGUGGAAUGAAUGGAGACUUGAAUUAAGAGAUUUUAAGCUAAGAGAAGAAUCUCAAGCUCUAAACAAUAAACAAUGCAGUUCACUUUAAUAUUCCCCACUAAAUAAUUCAUUCCGUUUCCGUAAAUUAAAACCUUGUUUUAAAAUUGUCUUAAUUCAUUUUUAUUCACUGCUUUUAUGUUUGUUUAUUUUAACAUUAAAUAUUCACUUAUUAAAUAUUUAUUAUAACACGGUGAGCCACCGUCGGUAACUGAUCCUAUAACAAGAUUCUGUCCUUUGUUAUCACUCGCCGAAGUACGAUUAUUGUAUGAAAUAUUUUCUAUACACACUACACAAAAUAAGCUGUACACCAUUCUUCAUGAUAGUAUUAUUACAAUCUUUGUCUAGUAGCACUUAACUGAACUUGUUUAUUACUUGGGCCAAUUGAAAUCAAAAUUUAAAGCUUUUACAAUAAUAUUUUUAGAUGUUAUAUGUUGAACACACUAUUUUAAUGGUAAACCAGUGGUUCUCAAAUUUUAGUAUGCAUAUCACUUGUGGUUUAUGAAGUCUUCCAGAUACCAUUCGUACUGACUACUGACAACUAAUUAAAAAGUUAACAGUAAAUGAAAUCAAAAGAAGUGGCACAAAAUGUCUGUAUGAAAUAAAUUAUGGUACGUAAGUACAAAAAGUUUUAAGAACCACUGUAUUAACUAUUAAGCACUGGUUUUUACUUUUUACAAUACGCACAAUCUAUAAUAGUAUUGCACAAACACAAAGUACAACAAUCAGGUUUACUUAUUUAUAAUCAUCAUUGUGUUUUGUAAUAUUUUUUACCACAUUUGGUUUGUGAAUUGCAAUUCUUUGUAUUAGGUAUAUUAUUACACUACUCACACCGUCACUUAUUUACCUUAGUUGGUACUGAUAGUACGACAAUACAUAUUCCUGUUUAA